GUUAGCAAGAUCUGGGGGUUCAGCCAAGGUGGGCGCAGAGCAUUUGUGGUGAGAAAAGAAGGCGAUACUGAUAAGUGUAGCGCAAAGAUCAGAGGGGACUUCAUUGCAUUGUGGGUAAAUGUUAUGUUAGUGGGGGAUAUUGGAGUUCACGGCAGGUCAGCACAGAGACAGUCACAAAGCAUUCGGGACACAUAUCAGACAAUUGGUGUUUAGGGUUACAGCUGCUUCUGCUACAGUUCAGUUUAGAGCAGGAGCCCCAGGGGUUGUUUUAGGGCCUCACGGAGCGGACUGGAUCUGUUGCACCUCCCGGAUCCUUUACUGAAAAUGCUGUUCUGGCACAGUCAACCCGAACACUACAACCAGCACCCAGCCGGCGGCUAUCUACGUGACGUCCUUGCAUUGCCAAUAUUCAAACACGAGGAGCCCCAACUCUCUCCAGAGAGCAACGCCAAGGUCCCUCCAUUCCAGUAUGUGCUGUGUACUGCCACCUCGCCUGCUGUGAAACUGCAUGAGGAGACCCUGACUUAUCUCAACCAAGGACAAUCUUAUGAAAUCCGUCUUCUCGACAAUAGAAAAUUGGGAGAGUACCAGGACCUAAAUACCAAAUAUAUCAAGAGCAUCAUACGGGUUGUGUUCCAUGACAGGCGCUUGCAGUACAUGGAACAUCAACAGCUGGAGGGCUGGAGAUGGAGUCGACCUGGAGAUCGGAUCCUGGAUAUAGAUAUCCCUCUGUCAGUUGGAAUAUUAGACCCCAGAGCCAGCCCGACCCAACUGAAUACAGUAGAAUUUCUGUGGGAUCCAAGCAAACGCACAUCUGCCUUUAUUCAGGUUCACUGUAUCAGCACAGAAUUCACGCCUCGGAAGCAUGGCGGAGAGAAGGGUGUCCCUUUUCGGAUUCAGAUUGACACAUUCAAGCAGAAUGAGAACGGCGAAUAUACAGAACAUUUGCACUCGGGCAGCUGCCAAGUCAAAGUCUUUAAGCCCAAGGGAGCAGACCGCAAACAGAAAACUGACCGAGAAAAGAUGGAGAAGAGAACACCGCAAGAGAAGGAGAAGUACCAGCCGGCGUACGACACCACUAUACUGAACGAGUGCUCUCCUUGGCCAGAAUUACCAUAUCAGGCAAACAGCUCCUCCUCCCCUGGUUACAGCACCUCCCCAAACUCUUUCAGCAUCGGAGAAGGGAACAGUUCACCCACCUCCCAGGUAGAUCCUGCCCCUCUGAGAACUGAUAAAGCCAGCGCUGGGUUUAACAGUGAAUUUUGGAAUCCAGAGGACAAAAAAAAACACCUACUCCCAUCAGCCUCCAUCCAAGAUGUGCAGCAGUGGCUACAGAAGAACCGAUUCCCGCAGUACUGUCGUCUCUUCUCCAGCUUCUCUGGCGCAGAUUUAUUAAAGAUGUCCAAAGAAGAUUUUAUCCAAGUGUGUGGCCCAGCAGACGGCAUCCGACUCUACAACGCGGUGAAAGGAAGAAAUGUGCGGCCCCGACUGACUAUUUAUGUCUGUCAUGAGCCAGAACAGAACCGAUCCCUACUGCAGAACAAGCGAGAGCUGGGGGACAGCACAGUGUGUGUGUACCACGCAAUUUUCUUGGAUGAACUGACUGCACUAGAGCUUAUUGAGAAGAUUGCCAACCUGUACACCAUCUCCCCCCAGCAAAUCAGCCAGAUCUACAGGCAGGGGCCAACCGGGAUACAUGUGGUGGUGAGCACAGAGAUGGUUCAGAACUUCCAGGAUGAGUCGUGUUUUGUAAUCCGCACCCUUAAAGCAGAAAACAGUGAUGGAUACCACAUCAUCUUAAAAUAAAGGAGCCAUCCUUCUCCAGUGCAUCACAGAUUCUUUUGGGAAUUGGUGUUAAAGGGCAAAUGAACAAAUGUCAGCCUUUGGCCCCUCCCACAUCCCUGUAUUUAUCAUGUUACUUAGCAGGAGAGUUUAGGAAGAUGGCAUUAUGGCGAGUCCCCUUGGAUUUAGGGGGUUUCGUGUAAAUAUAUAAAUAGACUUUUCUGCCUCCCUUGUGUAAAUGUAAAUUCUGCAGCCAGUGAAAUAUUGUAAAUAACCAAAUACUGGAAGAUUUCUCAGGAUUAUUUGUUGAUUCUUGCCAGAAAAUAGGCCAAAAUAAUUAACCCCUCCCAGUUCGACACACCCUUGCCACUUCUUUGUUGGGCUAUAAAGCGAAACUUGCAUUUGAUACAGAUUGCAGCCAAAUAGUGUAUAAAUAAAUAUAUAUUUUAACGUGGUGCUAGAGAUGAUGCAAUAUACUGUAAAUGUAGCACUGCAGUCUGUUCCAUUAUACAAAGAUAUUAUAGUGCCAGGGAGCAAGGAGCUGCUAACCGGGGAAACUGGGGGUGGGCAACUUUCCAGCAUGAGAAUAAAAAUUAUUACUCAAUUCCCCCUUGGGGGGGGGGGCAACAAGUUGUGUUCUUGAGAGUAUAACGGAUCUAGGGGGAGUUUAGCAUAUACUUCAGUAGUUGUGUGAGUUGCAACUGCUGAGCAGAAAAACCGACCUAAAUUAUCUUCACAAACAGCAGGAUAUUGGGUUAAAGGGCACAUAAAGGAAAUCUAGAUGUUUAUUUUGCAUUCUUAAUAGAAAUCCCCUGCAUGGACGCACUGUAAAUCAGAAGGCAGCAGCAGGAGUUUACCGAGUAGAAAGAGUUCAAGGACCGUUUGGCCACAUAAUGUCCCUAAAUAAAUAGAUGUCAGAUUGGGAAUGAAUGGCACUGGUUUAGGGAUAAGAUUUCUGGAAAAUAAAUUUGUAAUUUUUUUUUGGUGUUUCUUGCUUUAUUGGGAGUCGGGAUUUGGAAAUUUGCCCUGACACAGCCGCAGUCUCCUGUUCUUAAGCCACGAGGAUAGAAAAACUGCAAAUAUAACUGGGUCACAAUGUGGGAUUUUUCUUGUUGAUUUUUCUAUAUUUUGUAAGCAAGUUUGGUGGAUAUGGGGGUGUAGGUGGACCCCAAAGACUAGAAGAACCUUAAGACUUGAUUUUGUAUGGGGGUGGGGGAGAGACCCCUCUAUUCCUCAUUUCUAUAGCAGAGACUUUAUUUUGGUAGCGUGAAACAAAGAAGUAAAGAAGCACUUAGCUCUGUAUCCGUCCACUCUUGGCAACUAGGAAUUUCCGAAGUCUCUUGCUUGCAGUUGUAGUCUGGCCUGUAUGGCCGUUCAUGCUGAUGGGGUUCAGAUAAAGAUCUGUCAUUGUUUCUGCACCAAAAAAAAUAAUUAGAAACUGUGUAUGUUUUGAUGAAUGUAUUUGUAUUAGAAUAUUGAGUUGGUGUUCGGCUGCAGGGGAGUGUUGGGGCUUUUAUCAACUCAGCAGGUCUGAGUCCCCCAGUAAUGUCCAAUAUAUGUGCCUUUAUCAAUGUGGCAUCUCCCACCCCAUUGCUUGAGUAAUUCAUAUUCAGAAGAAGAAUGUGGGGAUGCUAUGUACUAACACUUACAGCCAAUGAUUUACUGCUUCACUAAUGCACAGUCUUUCCAUUCCUUCAAUGUUUGUCUCAUUUUUAUCUUUUGGGGGUGGGGGGGUUAUAAUUUAGUUGUUUUGUUAUGAAUGUGUAAUUUGUGAUUUUUGGGGCCAGGUGCACGAUGUUCCUUAUCUGAUUCAACCUGCUGAAGCCUUUCUUUAUUCAAAGAGUUAGCUGUGAUGUGUGAGCGACUGACUGAGCCGGUUACAGAUUCACUGCCACUUCUUUUGUACGUGUCGUGGGGGGAAUAAGCACAUUGCACUCACAACAUGACUUUUUGUUUUUGUAUUUAAAAGAAUCAGAAACUGGAAUCUGUAAUACAUGCAAUAAAACAUAUUUCUACAAA